CUCUUUUGGGCUGUCUACUGAUGUGUCUUCUACCAAAGAAAGAUUAUAAUUAGAAGACUUGAUGAAGACCUGUCCAAAAAUUAAUGACGAAUGAGAUGACUUCAAGAAAGAUGGCGUACUCUCUACUUGUUUUGUUGUUCAUAAUCUUAAUUAAGUAUUGAUAAAUUUACAAAAAUCCAAACUUUUUUUGCAUUGUUCUUUCUUCAUUUCUUUGUAGUCUGAAGAACUGUCCAAAUUUCCAACUAACAAGUUAGACUGUGAGAAGAAAUUAAUGUAUGGACACUUAACUGGUUAAACAAGUGAUGACUUUUCUACUAUGAACUGGAUAGUAGUAGCCUGGAAAUUACUUGCUAUUUGUGUGGAAGAAUGCUUGAACAUACACAGUAAAUUCCCAUAUGAGUAUCUCACUAUAAAUUCUUGAAAAGGGUUGCUUUUGUCGCAGGCAAAAACCCGCGAAAAAAAUUUCUCUAAGCAAAUCAUUUUUCCUCAUGUCUGUGCCAGUUGAUCCAAAUUUGCUGGAAGAGAAUGAUGAUGGUGAGGCUCAUGGAGUUACUAAGACUAUGGAGCCUGAGCUUUACAAAGCCACAGUUGGAGGGGAUAUUCUUGAAUUUGUGAUGGCAAUGGAAAAUUGGGCUGUCAACAGACAUCAUUGUCUUUCAGCUUUGUGUGUUCCAUUAGGCCCUCAGAAGAACACGGUUCUUCAUCUCGCGACAAGCUGUGGACACCAUGAGAUCGUUAAGCUACUUUGCAAGGAUUUACCCGACUUGAUUGCUGAAAAGGAUGCUAGAGGUGAUACUGCCCUUCAUAUUGCAGCCAGGGCUGGAGAUGGAAUGCUGAUAUUGCUCUUAACCGGUUCAGAUUACGCGGGUUGUGUUCUAGGGGAAACAAAUGAUGCAGGAAACACUCCCCUGCAUGAGGCAUUGCAGUAUCAUCACGAAGAUGUGGCUCGGAUUCUUGUUCAGAAAAAUCGGAAUUUGAGUUAUUCUGUCAAUAGGGAGGGCAAGUCUGUGAUGUAUCUGGCUGCAGAAGCAGGAUAUGCUGCCAUCACUAGGCUUCUUGUGGAAAACCCUGUUGGAUAUUGUAAUGUUAGUGAAAAGGACAAAGAUAAGUCACCUCUUAUUGCUGCAAUCCGUGGAAGGAAUAUUGAGGUCUUGAAGUUGUUGUGGUGGAAGGAUCAUUCAUCAUUUAUAAAGCGUAACAAAGGAAGGAAUCCUCUUCACUAUGCUGCUUGUACCGGCUUCACUGAAGGAGCUGAGUUCCUGCUAGAACAAUUCUACAGUUUCGCUUAUUGGACCGACAAACAAGGAUUGUUUCCUAUUCAUGUAGCUGCCAUCCAAGGUCAUGUCGAGAUUAUCCGAAUGAUGCUUCAGCUCAGGCCAGAUUCAGGGGAGUUGCUAACUCCACAAAGGCAAAACAUCCUUCACCUUGCAGCUAAAUGCGGAAAAGUCAAAGCCUUUGAUGCUAUGGUUAUGUUGCCAGAAUUAGAGAAACUUCUCAAUGCAAGAGAUGAUGAUGGGAACACCCCUUUACAUGUAGCUACAAUUUAUGGCCAUCCAAAGGUGGUGAGCACUUUAAUGUGGGAUAAUCGUGUUAAUCUCAAGGUAGAAAAUAAUGAAGGCCUGACUGCCCAUGACAUUGCUGAGGAACAGAUGAAACCAGAAAUGCUAUCAUUUCGAAAGCACAUGACAUGGAUGGCCUUAAGACUUGUCGACACUCCUAGAGCUCCCAACACUAUCUUCAACAAGACUAUGCACCCUAUCAUUGGAAAUCACUCAAAGAACACAGAAAAUUUCAGAGAUAAGGUUAAUGUGAUUCUUUUGGUUGCAACACUUGUCGCAACAGUGACAUUCACUGCUGGAUUCACUGUGCCUGGUGGUACCAACAAUUCUGAUCCUGAUCAAGGCAUUGCCAACAUGCUAGAGAAAGUAAAGUUUCAGGCAUUUGUCAUUUGUGACUCUUUAGCUAUGUAUAUCUCCAUCAUCGUCGCUGUUAUACUCCUGUGGGCGCAACUGGCAGAUCAGAAAUCAAUGUACGUCGCCUUAAAACUCGCCCUACCACUUUUGGGGAUAGCGCUCGCGAUGAUGUCAAUAGCAUUUAUGGCAGGCAUGUAUCUGGUGGUGAGCAAACUUGGUUGGCUUGCAAAACUUGUGCUGCUCUUGGGCUCGCACUUUGUCGUAGUGCUUGGACUACUCUUCCUUCCACUUUGCUUCCUUGGUUCGUCAAAUUACCGUAUGCUAAGGUUCAUCUCCUACUAUCCAUUCUCCUUGAUGUUAUAUGCAUUGGGAAACUAUGCAGAGAAUGAAGCUGAAGAAUAGUUGAUUCAUAGUUCUGUAAAUAUAGGCAGCCUCACUCAACUGAGGUUGAAAUUGGUUAGACCAAUUAUCUGUUGGUCUGCUAUUGUGUUUAGUUCCAUUUUGGUGUGGCUCCAAAUGAAAUAAAGUGGUGAGUGUAUGGUAGCCUUCAAAUGGUAAUCUGCCAUUUGAAUUCUAGGGAGAAACAGUCCUGAAGCAGAAUGAUCUUUCUGCUACUAUCCUGUAUAGAAUGUGAAUAUUUGGUACUAUGUAGCCAAAGCUUAGUAGUGGUCCUCAUGGAGGAUUGUACAUAAUUCUGUACAAAAAAUACUGCUUUUGGCGAUGGCCUUUUAUCUUAAUAGCAGUGACAAUUUGUGCUACGAUACAAGUGAUUGA